GUUUGUACCCAUACUCUUGCCGCAUACAUCCUUACAUUACUGCGCUAGUUAUUGCAACACCUUUUGCGACUGGAAAGAAGUUUAAGUUGCAUACUGUAGCAGUAGUUUAUUCGUGGCGACGCUCUUGGCCUUUUGCCGCCUUGCACGCGGAGGAGUUGGCCAACUGGCCAUAUCGCCGUUUCCCGCUAGGCAUUUCCAUCGCCGCCGCUGGCCCAGCAGGUUAUGGCGUCAACGCCUGCACCACCCAUGACACCGACAGCAGCAACAGCAUUUAAGGACGGUCACGCUACCACAGCAGCUGAGGGAGGACAUUCCAACAAAGGGGUUGCUGGGAGCGUGGGGCCCGCCAAAGGCAAGCAGAGCAGCCGUGCCAUGAAGCGCGCCUCGACCUGGGACGGAAAUAGCAAACGUUCCGAAAGGGCACAAGGCGGUUCCGGCACACCCGCUACGUCCUCAGCUGGUCGCCGUGUAGCAGCGGCAGCCUCGCAGGCAGCUACUCCGGGCACCCCUGCUGCUGCUGCUUCCGCUGCGUCUUCCACCUCUGCUGCGGGGCCGCGGAGGUCCUUCAUCAAGCAGGCGCCCAUGGCUGCAGGACUCGCAAGGAAGCGUCUGCGGGUCAAGGACUUCACAUUUUACAUCGUGGUGCUGCCCGUCCUGAUCUUCUUGUUUGUCAUCCUCUUGCCUCCGGAGUUGCAAUGGCAGGACCUGCUGCGCCUCAUUUCCACAGACUGGGUAGCCAUUGGCACUCGGAUGUCCCUCCUGCACCUUGCUUUCCUCACCGUGUGGGUCUGGUUAUGGCCCAUUCCGCUGGAAUUUAGCAGGGAAACUACACCAGCAGCAACAACAACAGCAGCAGCAACCGCAACAGUACGG